AUGACGACCCCAAGAGUGACAGGGCGUGAAGACAUCAGCGCAGCGGUCAAGAGCACCUGGCAGGAUGCCAGCAGGGUGCUGAUCUUCACAAACUCUAAAGUUGUCCACUCGACGUUCGAGACCACAGAAGCCGAGAGGGCUGCCCUGACGACGGUCUUCGCGGACCGCGAGACAGCUCUCAAGCAGGGCUUGGUGCUGGGAGGCCGGCGGUAUGAGGUGCACCGAUUUCAUCCCCCUCUGGUGUACGGACGGACCAUGGAUGGCGACGCAGAGACGAGCACGGGAAUUGCCAUCCUGAAGGUUGACAGCGGCAAGUAUGGGAGCCCCACCUAUGCCCUCAUCACCUACGAGAUGCCCAACGUCUCAGCGCGCAUGGUCCAAAUGCUGGCCGACUUUGGGAAAACAUGCCUGGAAGGUUGA